CUCCACGUGCGGCUAGGAGCUGGGUGCUGGGCUUCAGCGGCUCUGCCACCGCCCCCGCUACCUCAGGGCGGAGGGGGGAGGAGCCUCAGGGGGCGGGGCGAGAGGCGUGGGCGGGGGCGGGGCGAGAGGCGUGGGCGUGGGGCGGGGCGGAUGUGGAGCGCUAGUCCGGCUACCCUGACCGAGGGGCUGAGAACAGUGGGGCAGGCGCGGCACCGGCAGGAAGGCACGGAGAGCUGACGGGAGUCCGACACCUGGUGCUCCGGACUUUCUCCGAGCUAUGAAACCUAUGUAGUGGAACAUCAUGAUGCGUCUCCUGUAGGGCGUGUGAUGAAGAGCGGGGUUUGGCUUUGGAGCACUCGGAACCAGAGGAAUUGCCGAGGACUCGGAGCCCCGGCCUGAACACUAGAGAGCCCACAACACAAUGAACAAAUUGAACUUCCACAACAACAGAGUCAUGCAAGACCGCCGGAGUGUGUGUAUCUUCCUUCCCAACGACAAGUCUCUGAACAUCAUCAUAAAUGUUAAAAUUCUCUGUCACCAGUUGCUGGUCCAGGUGUGUGAUCUACUCAGGCUCAAGGACUGUCACCUCUUUGGACUCAGUGUUAUACAGAAUAAUGAACAUGUGUAUAUGGAGUUGUCACAAAAGCUUUACAAGUAUUGUCCAAAAGAAUGGAAGAAAGAAGCCAGCAAGGGUAUCGACCAGUUCGGGCCCCCUAUGAUCAUCCACUUCCGCGUGCAGUACUAUGUAGAAAAUGGCCGGCUGAUCAGUGACAGAGCAGCGAGAUUCUAUUAUUACUGGCACCUGAGAAAACAAGUUCUUCAUUCCCAGUGUGUGCUCCGAGAGGAGGCCUACUUCCUGCUGGCAGCCUUUGCGCUGCAGGCUGAUCUUGGGAACUUCAAAAGGAAUGAGCACCACGGAAAAUACUUUGAGCCUGAAGCAUACUUCCCAUCGUGGGUUGUUUCCAAGAGAGGGAAGGACUACAUCCUGAAGCACAUUCCGAACAUGCACAAGGAUCAGUUUGCACUGACAGCCUCUGAGGCCCAUCUUAAAUACAUCAAAGAGGCUGUCCGGCUGGAUGAUGUCGCCGUGCAUUACUACAGAUUGUAUAAGGAUAAAAGGGAAAUUGAAGCUUCUCUGACCCUUGGAUUGACCAUGCGGGGAAUACAGAUUUUUCAGAAUUUAGGUGAAGAGAAACAAUUACUUUAUGAUUUCCCUUGGACCAAUGUUGGAAAGUUGGUGUUUGUGGGUAAGAAGUUUGAGAUUUUGCCAGAUGGCUUGCCAUCAGCCAGGAAGCUCAUCUACUACACGGGGUGCCCCUCGCGCUCCCGCCACCUUCUGCAGCUCCUGAGCAACAGCCAUCGCCUCUACAUGAACCUGCAGCCAAUCCUGCGCCACAUCCGGAAGCUGGAGGAAAAUGAAGAGAAGAAGCAGUACCGGGAAUCUUACAUCAGCGACAACCUGGACCUCGACAUGGACCAGCUGGAGAAGCGGUCCCGGGCCAGCGGGAGCAGUGCGGGCAGCAUGAAACACAAGCGCCUGUCCCGUCACUCCACUGCCAGCCACAGCAGCUCCCACACCUCGGGCAUUGAGGCCGACACCAAGCCCCGGGACACGGGCCCAGAGGACACCUACCCUGGCAGCGCCAUCCACCGCAAGCUAAAGACCUGCAGCUCCAUGACCAGCCAUGGCAGCUCCCACACUUCCGGGGUGGAGAGCGGUGGCAAGGACCGGCUGGAGGAGGAUUCACAGGACGAUGAAAUAGAGAUGUUGGUGGACGACCCCAGGGACCUGGAGCAGAUGAACGAAGAAUCCCUGGAAGUCAGCCCAGACAUGUGCAUCUACAUCACGGAGGACAUGCUCCUGUCGCGGAAGCUGAAUGGACACUCUGGGUUGAUUGUGAAAGAACUUGGUUCUUCCACCUCCAGCUCCUCAGAAACGGUGGUCAAACUUCGCGGCCAGAGUGCUGAUUCUCUUCCGCAGACUAUAUGUCGAAAACCAAAGACCUCCACUGAUCGACAUAGCUUGAGCCUCGAUGACAUCAGACUGUACCAGAAAGACUUCUUGCGCAUCGCGGGGCUGUGUCAAGACGCCGCUCAGAGUUACACCUUCGGGUGCGGCCAUGAACUAGACGAGGAAGGCCUCUACUGCAGCAGCUGCUUGGCUCAGCAGUGUGUCAACAUCCAGGAUGCUUUCCCAGUCAAAAGAACCAGCAAAUACUUUUCUCUGGAUCUCACCCACGAUGAAGUUCCAGAGUUUGUUGUAUAAAGUGUAUUGGCGUGCAGCUGUACAGACAGCCUGCUGUCUGCUAGAGGCUAUAAAAGCCAUGGGUACUCCUUUACCACUUACUUGUGCCAUAUCUUCUUCACCCCGAACAUAACUCUUUCUUUAUAAUAUUUACAACGGAAAUAAAAGCCGUGGGACAGUUGCACUUUAAGUAUUACGCAGAAGUUUUUAAAAGGACUACAGAGAAUGUAUAGCAAGACAAGUGCCCAAAAGUUCGCCAGUCCUUUGGAAGGAAAUGUGCUUUACUGAUUACCAAGCCUUCAGAAUAUUGAACUAUGGUGUAUUUGUUCAUUGUUUUGUUUUUCAGUUCACUUACACAUUUUUUUUUAUCAUGUGAAAGACAUUGUUGGGUUUAUUUGUUUGCUUGUAAUUUUUUUUUUAGCCGCUCCCUCAUGAAGUGCUGGUGAUUUGAGGGAGGAGAGAGGCGCCUCCUUUCUUUAACAGGGGAGACCAUCACUUAGUCAUAGCCAUCGCCACCCCACUGGGGCUGUCCCAAAGCAAACUCUAAUGAAGCGGUCACAAUCACAUGGUUCUAGUGCGCCAAAGAUGUGUCCAUCGCAGAAGUGCAGCCCAGGGUCAAGAAGAUGUGAAUCAAGCAAUAACCCAAAGACUGUGCAUGCGUGAUGCCUUGGGACUCCUUCACGCCUGGUCAGUGCCAUGUCCUCCCGCUCACGGACCCAGAAUGCUCUCAGACCUAGUUGAGCCCCUCAUCCAAGUCACGGAUCAGUUGUGUUCAGGUCAUAAUGAAUUUGGUGGAGUUUCCAAGACCAGUUUCUGUUAAAACUGUAGAAAUGUCUUAGAAUAUGUUUGUGCUUGGUGUUUUGUUUGUUUGUUUUUUUAAAUCAAGAACAAAUUAUGCUAACGCUGGUUUCUGCUUAACCAAAAUACCCUAACUCUACGUAUAUGCUAUACAUAUAUAAAUAUGUGAGACUGUGUGUGUGUAUAUGUGUUUAAAGCUUACCUACUUUUCCCUUUGGCUUCCAUGAUGGUCUUGUAUAUGUGGUUUUUUCUUGUUGAUACAGAGGAUGUGUCAUUGAAUGAAUGAUACCUACAGACAAUCAAUAGAUAGUUAAGAACACCUCUUUUCUUUUCUCAUGUGUCUUUUGCCGUAGUUCUCAACCCUGGUUGCAUUAUAGAAUUAUCUGAGGAGCUUUAAAAAAAUGACCAUGUCUGGUUUCCCACCAUGGACAAGUUAAACCGGUCGCUUGUGGUGAGACCCAGGUGAAAUUGCCUUUUCUUUUAAAGUUCUCCAGGUGGAGCUAGCAUGAAACAGGGUUGAAAACCACCAAUCCAGAGUAUUUUUUCAUUAAUUUUGAAGUAUACAGAAAAUGUUAGUGUUUGAGAAAAGGGCCAUUUUUAAGAUGGUUACUGCCACUGCUCUUCAGAUGUGUCGUGAAACCAAGACCAGAGAGUGAACUUACUAACCUUUCGAUGUACAGUAACUGUGUUGCUCACACUUCAGGAAAGUACUUUAGCACAAUGUCUUUCUACCAGAUGUUUUUAAUGAUUUCGUAUUUCACAUUUGUUUACCAUAUUUUGAUACACCAUUUUUUCUAUCUACCAGGUUUUAUUAAAAAAAGCUAUAUUAUUUUCUAAAGAAACAGUCAUAUUUUUAUACAGAAUUAAGUUUUCAGGUAACAAAGAAAUAGACUUAGGGUACAGCAGAACCUGCAGUGUCCCCGUGGAUGGGGGUCAGUAUUAUAAACACAUGGAGAACGAGGACGAGCUCCACCUGUGCUGCCCCUCUUGUGUCCCCUGUGGAUGUGACAGGGCAGCGUAUGCACGCAAGCCUGGUCAAAUUGGCUUAACUUGACACUUUAAAAAAGAAAAGAGUUGUAUAGAGUUCUAUAGUCAGGAAAUUACUUUGUUUUUAUCAGAUGCUUUAAAAGAACCAAAGUUUCAGUUGUUAGAAUGUAUCAGAGUAUCUCCAUCUUUGUAUACAAGGAUGAAAGUUUGAACAGAUCAUCUAAUGACUGUUUUACUGAUAAGUCAUUAAAUCAUCCACCAUCCUUUCUUGAUGCUUAAGAAACAAAUCCUGAUGCAGUUUGACUCUAAAGAUCCCAGAUCAUAAUGUGGUGCAUUUCUUUAGCUCUUCGUGUUUCCUGUGUAAACAUCAAGAAAAAACAUAUUUAAGUACGUAGUGCUUUAUUUGCUCUCUAUUUCAAAUAGAACCAGGUCUUUGGGGUCUUGCCAGCAUUUGGUGGUUUUGCACACCCUCUUUCUAAUUGGAUUUAUUAGUAGUCUGGUGGGUUUUCAAAAAUGAACAUCUAAGGACAUCUUUGCUUUUUGAUCCACUGUUUGUGGGAGAAUUAUAUAUAUGUAUAUGAAAAUCUGUUUUGAAUAUCUACAUUUUGUAUUUGGAAAUUGUUUUAAAAAUAAAAAAGGAAAAGUAUAAAGCUGUUAUUUAUUCUGCAUUUGUUGAUAUCCAUCGCUAGUCAGUAUACCACUUUGGUAUAUAUUGCCUUUACACAUCUACAUUUGUAUUUGCAACAGUGAACUUUAUAUCUACAUAAACUGUAAAUAAUCCUUUCUGUGAAAGGAUCAUCAUAUCAAGAUGAUACCAAAAGUGUGUAAAAAAAAAACUGCAUUAUUUUGUAAUUAUUCUUAUAGAUUAGCGAUCAAUAAAGUUACUUUUUAUUUGUCUUUGAA